AUGAAUAUAUUAGCAGUUACUGGAGCUAACUUGGCACAAAAUUUUCAGGUAAUGGCUGAAGAAUCUAAAAAGGAUGUUGGGGAGUCCCCUACAUCUACAGAUACUGAGGUUAAGACAACAAAGAAGAAGGGAAUACUAUCAAGAAUGUGGAAUGCACUUUUUAGAUUACAUGGAGAUGAUUUUGAGAAGAGACUGAAAUACUUAACAAAGGAAGAGGUUGAUGUUCUUGCCAGAAUUAGAAGGCGUUCUCAGCGUUGGCGAUGGAUGGCUCGGAAUCUUAUUAUACUUUCCGUGCUAUUGGAGGUAAUUGCAGUGGGUUAUGCUAUCAUGACUACAAGAUCAUUAGACUUGAACUGGAAAAUGAGAGCUUUGCGAGUCUUGCCUAUGUUUCUUCUGCCUGCAUUAUCUUUCAUUUCUUAUUCAGCAGUAGGAAGCUUCACAAGAAUGUGUGAUCGGAAGGACCAGAAGACUUUGGAAAAGCUGAGAGCUGAGAGGCAAGCAAAAAUAGAUGAACUUAAAGAGAAGACAAAUUACUACAUUACCCAACAGCUUAUACAGAGGUACGACCCUGACCCAGCAGCCAAGGCAGCAGCUGCAAGUGUACUUGCAUCCAAGUUGGGUGCUGAUUCAGGUCUGAAAGUAUAUGUGGGAGAAGAGAAUAAGAUGGAGGCCCCUACUGGAAGGAGCAAUAACGUGGAAGUUGCAAGGACUACAGGACUUCGAAAUAGGAGGGCAUCUCACUCUAACUUUGAAGGCCCAGAGACUGCAUCUGUGUUCCAUCCUGAAGGUGUGCUUAAUCAAACUGAGUUUGAGGGCCUUGAUGACAUUUCUCAGCAACAUCAGUUGGUUGUUGAACAUCGCCCUCAAACAGGUGGAAGUUCACAUGAUGGGGGGUGGUUUGCAAGAAUUGCAGCAUUGCUUGUGGGAGAGGACCCCACACAAUCGUAUGCACUUAUAUGUGGAAACUGCCAUAUGCAUAAUGGACUUGCUAGGAAGGAGGAAUUUCAAUACAUAACGUACUAUUGUCCUCACUGUAAUGCGUUGAAUCGGCCUAAUAAAGUGGAUGAACAUGUUCCUGGUGGAUUAAAUUCCCUGAAUCCGACUACUAUGGACAAUGCUGAGGUUGUAACAAGUGCCAGUGGUUCUGUUGUUGACACGGAUUCUGUCAGCAGUACUCCUGUGGCUGCUGCUGCGGAAACAACGUUGGAAGGUAGUUGA